AUUAGCCGCUGCUUGAAAGACAAAUUUAGUACGGAGGGUACCAACUGUUUAAAAUUUAGAUAUGAUGUCAAGUACUCUUCAGAGGACGAUAGCCGAAGAAUUGAUGUUAGAUACCAGUUCGAAAAAGCGAAUGAGCCCUCCACUAAACAAGGGACUAACUGCUUCACGGCCGUUGUAAAAGAUUCAACUUCAGACGCGAGUAAUUCCAAUGAGUUUACGAUGCAUUUGGUGGUCUUACCUCAAAUUAAGGAAAUUUUGAAAGAACACAACGUCAUUUGGAAUGGCCAUGUGACGAAAUUCGGCGUAGAAAACUUUUACUUUAAAGAUAAUUUCAUGUUUUUGGAAUACCAACCAAGUGGAAACAUUGCCUGGAGUAGUCUGGCAUCUUCUGAUGCAAAAACCGUUUUGCGAAAAUUGGCCCAAUUUCAUGCUUGUUCUUUGGUGUAUUUAAAAAAGAUUUCCAUAGAUAAUAUUAUAUCUAAGACUUCGCCCUUAUUCGCCCUUAUUGGUUGGAUAGAAAUGGGCAAACGUUGA